AUGUAUUUUGAAUAAGAAUGUAGAAAAUUUUUAAGACCUCUUAGAUUAGAAUAUCAAAUGUUUGACAUGGGUAGGAAUCAAGAAUAUUUAAGGUCCUGAAAGACUCUCUCUUGCAAAUGGAACCUUGCUCAAACAUGAAAUUAGUGUAAUAAAUUGUUAGGGUCACCAAUUGAAGUGCUCAUUUUUUGAGAUAAACCCUUAAAGCGAUUGCUGUAUAAUUUAUUGCCAUGGUUUUAACGGCUGCCAAGUAGAAGGAGUGAAAUAUGCUCAUGUUGCUGCCCAAUAUAAUCUCAAUUUUUGCACUUUUGAUUUUCAAGGGUGUGGUCAAAGUCAAGGGGAUUUGAUUACUUUUGGGUAACAUAACUUAUUUAAAUAGUUAUUUAGAAUAGAAUGAUAUUACAUGCAUUAUUUUAGAUAUCAAAAAAAGAUUCUAAUAAAACUAAUUUAUUUUAUGGGGGAGAUCAUUGGGAGCUACUACUAUCUAGUUAAAGAAACAACCUUAUGUCAGUGGUUACGUGCUGGAUUCAUGUUUUACUGACCUGAAUAAGGCAUGUGUGAGUAUGAUUUAGAAAUCCACCUCUUUACCAAAGUUGAUUAUUAAAAGUGCAUUAUAUCUACUUAAAGGUACAUGUAAAUUUCAAUAAUCCAGGAAAAAUUGAAUCACAAGGCAAUUUCAAAUUCGAAGACAUCAAAAUUCAAAGGGCUGACUCUAGUGUCCCAACUCUCUACAUAUGUAGUGAUUAAGAUACAUUAAUCAAACCCAAAAAUACGAUUGGCUUAUACUAGUAACAUAAUGGUUUACGAGACCUUAUAAAGAUAUAAGGAGAGCACAAUGAUUCUAGAUCCCUUUAAUUGAUUAACUAAAUCUGUUGUUGGUGUAAAGAGAGAUUUCAAAUUAAUUGUUAAUAAUCCUGUAAUGAAUCAUCACCCGGAGAAAUUCGAAAAAAAUAUUAGCACCUAGCAGGAAGAAGCAGUUUAGUACGCACUCCUUCGGAUAUUAUAAGCAAAUAUGAAUAAAACAGAUAACAUGUUAAUCAUUGCCAAAAUCAAUCUACCUCAGUACUCAAAUACAAUAAUCAAUAUGUCAUCCAAACUAAAAAACUAUACUAUUAAGAAUAUCCUUAAAAAUUUGCUGGAUAAUAGUCGAAAAUCUUACAAUAAAGGAUGAGUUAGGAAGUAGGGAACAGCAUCCAAUUUAUUCGCAAGCCAAUAUUUAAUUGA